AUGCCCUGCCGACACGUUCUAGCACUCAUUGCUCCGGCUUGGGGCCAUGCGCUCCCCUACAUCCACCUCACGACUCGGAUGUUGGCCUCGGAUCCGGAACUGGUGGUCACGAUUGUGCAGCACGAUAACUUCGUCCCCAGAAUGGUGAAGGAAUUCGCCUCGUGCUCGUAUGAUACGAGCAGGCUAAAGAUUCAGGGUGUAGGUGAUAAGGACCUCCAAUCCACACCGGCGAACAUCCAAGAGAGUCUGAAACAGCUCACAGCUGGAUGGCUUCAGCUCCUCGCUAAAGCAGUCGGAGAAGGAACCAAUUGGCCCAGGCCAAGCACAUUGCAUAUGGAUUUCUGCGGAGGAGGAUUCGUUGUGAAGGAGUCGAGAGCGUUAUUAGGACCGGCUGGGAAAAUCUUGCUCUGGUGCUCCACUGGGGUUGCGGCGUGCAUGGAUCACUUCAGCCUAUUCGAUUUCAACAAGACUGCACGCGAGAUCUACGCCGAUGAGACCAAACGAGCAGGAAGGACGAUGAACGAGAUUCUUGGCGACGUUACGUGUGCUGGUAAUGGCAGUGACAAACUCGACGGGCGAAUUCUCGACAUUCCUGGAGGAGUCAAGAUAUAUGAUCAUGAGCACACCGCGCAGGCCGCUGGUUCACCGCGUCACUUCACGACUAUCAUGGCAUCCGCACAAGAAUUUGCCCAAUUAGCUGACGGCUUUUUUUGCCCCUCCAGUAGCCCUUUGGAGUCUGCCGCAGUUGCCUCCGCUCGCGAGUACUACAAGCAGCGUGGGCAGGAACUUUUCCUCGUUGGUCCUCAGAUGCACGAUGAUGAAUGGGAAGCUCCAUCAGCAGGUGCCGGGCCCAGCGAUGAGCGGGUGAAGACCUUCCUGGACGAUGCACGCAAGAAAUACGGACCGAAAUCCGUGUUGUACAUAUCUUUCGGCUCAUUAUUCUUCCCUGUGAUGACACCUCAUCUGGUCGAGAUCAUGAUCGACGUGCUGCUGAGUCUAGACAAUGUUGUGCCUUUCGUAUUCGUGGUGGCUGGAAUGAUGGCUUCAUUGCCAGAAGCGGUCAUCGAUCGCAUUCACGCCAGCGGCAGAGGACUCGUCUGCACUCAUUGGGUUGAUCAGAAAGCCAUCUUGAAGUCUGGGACGAUUGGAUGGUUUUUGACCCAUGGCGGUUACAACUCGUUGACCGAGGGGCUGAGUCAAGGAAUCCCGCUUAUCUUCUGGCCCAUUGGAGCAGAGCAAGCUCUCAAUGCGGCCACGCUCUCAACGGGUCCCCGUCCCAUUGGGAUCGAGCUUUUCCAGAUUCGCGUCGGUGACCAACUGGGUCCUUCUCUUCGUCCAGACGCUCCUGUGAUAACAGGAGCUGCCGAGGACGCGAAGGCUGAGUUCAAGCAGGUAUUCAGUGAUCUCAAAGGAUCUAGAGGCGAAGCCCUCCGACGAAACGCUAUCCGCGUUGGAGAUCUGUGGCGCGAGGAGAGAACAAACGGGGAGGCUGUGCGCGAGAUUGCGAGGCUUACUAUGUUCUGA